AUGGUGUCAACACUCCCAGCAGGAGAAAGAGAGAUAACUCAUCAAGACCUGAGAGCAAGAGCUUCGCGUACUCCAUCUCUCCAGAUCUGGCUGAAGCUGCCCGCAUACUUGCAAAAUCCACUCCUCCUUCACCAUCAUCUGGGAAAGAAAGCGCCUCUGCAGCCAAGAUACGGAUUGCUGGAGUAUGCGCCAUUCGCCGACGAAGAAGCCCCGAUUCAUGUGGCGAACAAACGCUGGAGAGAAGGACCAUAUUGGGAUCCGAUUACUGGAUGGCCAACAUGGAUCAGCGCGGCACUAGCCCUUACGCCCCGGGAGGAUACAAGGUUGGUCUGCUCGCUCAUGUAUAUAGGGUGGAGUAAUGUCAAGGGCUAUGGUGCCAAGGCAGGGGACGGACUGACUGACGAUACCACCGCUAUCGAUAAAGCAAUUUCCGAUGGCGGGAGAUGCGGUGCCGACUGUGGCUCAAGCACAAUCUUCCCUGCUAUGGUCUACUUCCCUCCCGGCACCUAUCUUGUCAGCAGUCCAAUCAUACAGUACUAUAAUACCCAAUUUCUUGGUGAUCCCACCAAUUAUCCAACGAUUCUCGCAGCCGCCAGUUUUGUCGGUCUAGGGGUGAUCACAUCCGAUGUCUAUGUGGCUCAGGGGGCCUCGCUCAAGAAUAUUGAGUUAUACAUGUCUCAAGAUGCGGGCACAACCCAGCAGGGGAUCUACAUGGAAAAUGGAAGUGUGGGCUUCAUGAGCAAUCUGACUUUUGUUGGCGGAAACUUUGGCUUCAACCUCUGCUCGAGUGCUUACCGUCAGCUGAAUAGUGCUUAUCUCGGGAACCAGCAAUUUACCACACAGCAUCUCGUGUUUGUUAAUUGCAAAACUGCCCUUCACAUCCACUGGGACUGGGCAUGGACCAUGCAGGACGUCUUGAUUGAAUCCUGCCAAAAAGGAAUCAUCGUCACUGGUGGCAGGCGGCCCGAUGAGCAACGGCCAGGGCGUGGUUCAAUUAUCCUUGUUGACGCCUCGAUCGCGAACACCCUGACAGGCGUCUUGACGUCGCUGUACAGUGACAAUUCCACCGCAUUCCUCUUGGAGAAUGUUGGGUUCUACAACGUCAAGAAAGCCAUCAUGGCGGAUAUUCUCGCUGGAGGGAAUGAGGGGGCUUUGGGCUGUAUAGCUGCUUUGUUACUGCUCCGUACCACUUCUUCUGCUUCUGCUUAUCUGGAAAACGUGUGGGCAUGGACAGCAGACCAUGAUCUCGAUGUGAAGUCCCAAGAUCAAAUCGAUGUUUUUUCUGCUCGAUGGAUCUUGGUUGAGAGCCACGGACCGACGUGGAUGUACGGCACCGCAUCCGAACAUAAUGUUCUUUACCAAUAUCAGCUUUCGGGAGCGCGGAAUAUUGUGAUGGGAAUGAUCCAGACUGAAACGCCAUAUUUCCAACCGCUUCCUGCGGCGCCAGAGCCUUUUAAGCCCGGCCUGUUUCCCAAUGACCCUGAUGUCGCCAACUGUGGCCACAAUAUAGCUGGCUGUGCCAUGGCCUGGGUUGUGAGAGUCAUCGAUUCUUCGACUGUCUAUAUGCUAGGAUCCGGCCUCUACAGUUGGUUCUCGUUCUAUAUGCAGGAUUAUGUCGAGACCGGCAACUAUCAGGACCGGGGCUUCUACGUUGAGCAGAGCACUGAUACCUGGGUGUACAAUCUUGUCACCAAAGCAAUUGUGGAAUCUAUCAGCCCGACAGGGGAAGUCCCACUCUAUUCCCGAGAUGUCCGGAAUGGCUAUACCUCAUCUCUCCUGGCUUGGCUCCACACCGGAACUGGGGCCAUUGGAAAGCGCAAAUUCCCCGGCUUCUACCUGUGGGACGAUGAACAGGACCAGGAUGUCUUGAGCGGCGUUUCGUCUACCUGCAAAGCAUCUCUGACCCGUCUGAUCGGAUGUGAUGAUCAAGUGCAAAUGCUCAAGGCCUUACAAUGGAGAGGGCCCACGCACAACGAUACAUUGACUGAUUUAAUGUGCGACAGAACCUGCGGACAGCCUCUCCAAGCAUGGUUCGAGAGUGUCUCAGUCGCCUGCCCCCGGGAGGAUGAUCGUGUUGUCCUGUCCGAACCCGGCGGUAUCAUUUGGGCUGGAUGGAAUGAGACGUGUGUCAAGACCCCGACACGGGGAAAUACUGUCGCGAUGUCAUUGAUGGUUUCACUGUUCAUCCAGACCAUCACCAAUAUGCCACAAGGUGAACUGUGCUUACACUGCUAUGUCACCCACUACAAGAUGAUGCAGGCGACUCCCUACUCCAUUUAUAACAAGACUUACCAGUCUGACCUGGAGUUCAUGCACUCGAAAUGCGGCUUCAGCGGGCCCACAAAUAUCCUACCACCACUGCAAGAGUUCCCAGAUCCAUACAAGAACAACCUCACAUUCUGCAUCUCCGAAACGACGUAUACGGCGGUCUCUGGGGAUACCUGUGAUUCGAUCUCGCUGAAGUAG